AUGAUGAGCGGGCCACGCACCGUUCGAGAAUAUUGCCAGAUAAAUUGUGCGGGCGGGUUUAUAUUUGUUGAAUCGACUGACACGCUCACCGUCCGCGAGGAUGCGACUGCGAUAGCGAAAGGCACGGCACCAGAUAUCUUGCAAGAUAUAAUGGUUGGUAUCAAUAGCCACAGCAGUAAUAUAUGA